CUAGCCCAGCUGUCUCGGCAUCCUGGCCGUGGCCGGCGACGGGUUAGCAGCCAUAGCCCACACACACAGAGAGAGAGAGCACAGCACAAAAGGUCAGCGCCGCGGUUUGGGGCUCUUGCCGCCACCGUUAUAUAUACACGCCUACGCCAACGCCUCACCCCCCCACCUUGGACCCCUGUCCUCAACCUCAAGCCGCCACGCUCCACCAACACGCGCGCGCUGGCUUCUUCAACCUCGGUUGCUUGCUCGCAACAAGACACGGAUCGUCAGAGCAAGAGCUCUGGUGACCUGACGAUUCUGCUCUUGUUCUCGUACGGCGCCGGUGCCUAGCGUCUGUAGCCUUUUUGUGUGUGUUUUUUCGCCCAUAUCUCCCCACCACCACCACCACCAACCUCAGCCGCAGUUCACCCGCGUCACCGCACGAGUACACGAGCAAUCCGCAAGCGAUAACCUGCAAGCUGAGGGGAAAGGAAGGUGAAGGCCAGCUGUUUUGCUCACGGAGAAAGAGGUUCGUCGUUGAUCAACACGGACACACCAUGGUGAGGCCGCCGUGCUGCGACAAGGAGGGCGUCAAGAAGGGGCCAUGGACGCCGGAGGAGGACCUCGUCCUCGUCUCCUACAUCCAGGAGCACGGCCCCGGCAACUGGCGCGCCGUCCCGGCCAGAACCGGGCUGAUGCGGUGCAGCAAGAGCUGCCGUCUGCGGUGGACCAACUACCUCCGGCCGGGCAUCAAGCGCGGCAACUUCACCGAGCAGGAGGAGAAGCUCAUCGUGCACCUCCAGGCCCUCCUCGGCAACAGGUACGUACGGCGGGCGCGGAUUUAUUGGGCACACGGUGUUACAGCUGGCGAUCGGAGUAGCUACCUAGUGUGGGAUGGGAUGGGAUGUGAUGGCCGAUGUGGGUGUGUGGCUCAUGGCUUCGCGUGGUGCGGCGUAGGUGGGCGGCCAUCGCGUCGUACCUGCCGGAGCGGACGGACAACGACAUCAAGAACUACUGGAACACGCACCUCAAGCGCAAGCUGCAGAGCGGCGGCGACGGGGCGGCCAAGCCGCCGGCGCACAGGCCGCCGUCGUCGUCCAAGGGCCAGUGGGAGAGGAGGCUGCAGACGGACAUCAACCUGGCGCGCCGCGCGCUUCGCGAGGCCCUCACCCCGCUCGACGACCUCAAGCCGCAGCUGCAGCGCGACGCCGCCGCCGACGCGCCGGCCGCUGGCGCGGGCACGGGCGGCGGUGACAGCCCGGCUUCGAGCUCGUCGGGCGCGUCGCAGUCCUCCCCUUUGGCGCCAGCGGCCUUCGCCGCCGCCGCCGCGGGGCCGUACGUUCUCACCGCGGAGAACAUCUCGCGGAUGCUGGACGGGUGGGCUGGCCGGAAGGUCCGCGGCGGCGGGACCCCGGGCACCCCCGGCGGUGCCGAGAGCGCGUCCACGGGAUCCUCGGACGCGUCGGAGGUGUCGUACGGUGGCGCCGCCGUCGCAUCGGCCGCGCCGGCGCCCGCUUGUGGUGGGCCGGUCUUCGAAUACGAGGCGAAGCCGGGCGUGCCGACGUCCCAUCAGCAGAUGCCGCUGUCGGCGAUCGAGUCGUGGCUGUUCGACGACGACAGCCACUUGCACCAUGCUGUCCAGAGCGCCAGCUUGCUCGAUGCCGCCCCCAUGGAUUACCCCUUCUAGCUCUAGUGUGUCCAAUCGAUCAAGCUCAAGCUAAUCCCUUCAAGCGAGGAGUGUGAUUACAGCGCUGUCUCCUAAAGAAAACUACACAGAUCCUGCAGUACGACGUCGGUGGCUGAUUAAUCGAUCGGCUAGGUAGCUGAUUCAGAUCGGUCGCUUGAUCAGGUUGUUUACGUGGGAUCUGCGUAGUUUUCAUUUAGAUUCCAAAGAACAUAAGUAGAACCACACUUAUGCUACUACCCUUACUAUGACGACGACGGAGUAUGUUCUUGGGCCUUUUUUUUUUACUGUUUUCUAGCCUUUUCUCCAAGUAAAGCUUGGGGUACGUAGAUCCCCUUGUGCAAGUUGCAUGUUGUGUGGAAAAAUAAUUGACUCCAGUAAUCCUAUGUCACAUACAUGUCAUAAAUUGUAUCGCUAUCUCUAACAUAGCAGAUAUUUUAAGUUCCCAUGCAUGUCUCUCAUGGCUUUGGCAUCUAA